AUGGAGAACCUAAUAGAACCGGGAAAAAACGAUUAUAAAAUUGUGGAAGCGGGGCGCAUACGCCAACCACUAGAAAACGGCUACGAAACUGUCGAAAUGGGGCAGAUAGCAGAACCGGAAGAAAAUCACUACGAACCUGUCGAAAUAGGGCAGAUAGCUGAGCCGGACGAAAACGACUACGAAAUUAUUGAAAUAGGACAAAUAGCGGAACCGGAAGAAGAAAAGGUAGCAGAAAAGGUAGCAGAAAAGAAGGCAGAAAAGGUAGCAGAAAGGAGAGCAGAAAAAGAGGAAGAAAAGGCCGAAACCCGCUCUCAGCUACUAAAUCCCUUCAACUUCGAGAACAUAAUCGCAAAGGAAUGGAAACAGCUAGACGAUAUAGACAAUAGGGCCUGGGCAGAUAUAGCAAACAGCUGCCAAAUUGCAUUAACGUACGGAUUACAUUCCGACCCUAACAGAUACAGCAAAAUGGACAAAUGGAAAAACCAGCAUAAAACAUUUUGUCAUAUGCGCUAUAUCAAAAAUAGAACAGAUAAACGACGCCUGGACGAUUUCAUGAGCCGUCUUAGAACACUAAAGGGGGGUAAGAGAUAUGAAGAAUUGUGGAAAGCAGAAAGUGAAAAGUGGGAAGUUAUAAAAUAUCUUAAAAAAAGUAGUGACGAAAAUUGGAAUAAAAAUCUAAAACAAUCAUGGGCACGCUGGUUCCGCACAGAAAUACCUGAAGCGAAUUUUGAUGCGUUUAUAUAA